ACGUCAAAUUCAAAUUUAUAGGUUAAGUCAGCUAGAAUGCGACUUUCAAAAAAUUUUUUCUUACAAAAUAAACUGAGUUUUACGGAUAUUCUAAGGAAUAACUUUAGAAGAGCCAUUCAGGAUCCAAGAUAUAGUAAAACAAUCGAUAAUAUUUCUUCCAAAAUAGACGCAACAGGAGUGAAAGAUAGCUUAUAUAAAAAUAUAAUCAGUAUUAAUCAAUGGUACACCCGGGUUUUAGGACUAGAUGAAGUCAAACAGUUUCAAGAUAGAGUUAUCCUACUUCAGGAAAAGCUAUUAGUUACUCAGGAGAAAAGAAGAGAAAUAGGAGCUCAGCUAAGCGAGAUAAGAAAAAAAUCUUAUCACUUACAAGAUGAACUGCAAGCAAUCAAAAGACAAGAAGAACCUGAUAAGUACUUCAAGUUGAUGAAGGAAGAAACUGAGUUAUUGAAAUUAGAACAUGAAGUUAAUUUAUCAUUCCAAGAAUAUGAUAAGGCAGAGAGAGAUCUGUUUACUGCAUAUUCCAAUGCAGUCAGAGAUUCUCAUGAGAAAUACCGAUCUCAAAUGGAAUAUACCAAAUAUUUUGGUAUUAUACUGAGUAUUACUGGUUCAUUUUUGGCAUUUACAUAUACAACACUUCGUAAACAUGACCUCAAGAUGUUUAUAGAUAACAAAUUAGAAAGUUUAUAUGGUGCAAUGGAUCCUGAGAUUAUUCAAACUGUAGCCAAGAAACAAGCAGAAAUAUGCGAUAAGCUUGCGGAUUUACAGGAGGAAAAUAAGAAAUUAUUCAGUUCUCUUGACUCCAUAAGCUUUGAACGUUCAGUGGAAAGUAAACUACCAGAAGAGCUUAAUUUAGUUGUUGAUGAUGGUCAAGGUGGUUUGGAAGAUAAUAGGACGAAGCUCAUUAUUGGCUUUUCUUUCUGUUUGAUCUUUAUCGGUUAUGUAUUGGGUAAAAUCGAUAGGUAAACUUAUUGAUUUUGUGAAUAUUAGGAGUAGAGCUGAAUACUGAAAAAAUUUUAAUAUAUGUUACAAGUACAA